CGACGGGCGGGGGUGCUGCUUCUUGACUCCAGAGGGGCAGUCGGCUUUUGUUGGCAGGCGGCUCAGUGACACAUUAGAAGUCGUGCGGGAGUGUUGGUGUACGUUGUUCGCUCUCGUUGGCGCGAGAAAGACUGAAACGAGAAAUAAUUCCAAGAUGGAUAUUCGGUGGCUGUGGACUUUGGGCGUUAUUUCGUGCCUCCUGCUAGACAUGCGGGCUGCGUCUUCACAAGAUGCGCUGGUGUACUCGGUGCCGGGUCGGUCUGCCGCCGCCGCCAGCGUCUUCGUGGAGCUGGUGCCGCUGUCGCCGGCCAGGACGCGGGCGAGGCGCUACCUGGCGGGGGAGGAGUCCGCCAGCGCCGAGCUGAGCAGCGGCGCGGGCGGCAGCGGUGGGGGCGGCGGGGGCGGCCCGCGCUACGAGAACCCGCUGUCCGGCGCCGAGGGCGAGGCUGGCCGCUACAAGACCACGGCCGCCUCCGCGCCAGCGGGUCCCGCUCCCACGGCCGCCAAUGUGACGGAGAUGGGGAACGCGACGGGGAACGUGACGACCACCCUGGCCACCUCCGCCACCAACCUGAGCAGCAGCACCGUGCCGUCCGGCGCACCCCCCGCCCCCACAGUGGCCACUGCCGUCUCCGGCGCCCGCAGUGGCGACGGUGGCGCGACGUCAGCCCAGAGCCCAGUGCCCACCGCGAUCCUGCCGACGCAGACGUCGACAGCGACGGCGGCGGCGGCUGCAGGUGCGGCAGGUCGUCCUGUCCCGGCGACAGGCGGCCAGCCCCCAAGAGACAUUUCAGGCACCGUUACGGAGACAGAGGCGGCUACGAGUGCAGACGACAGCAACGACCCGGACCGCUACCCGCAGAUCUUCACCAACCAGACGUUCAAGAGCCACAACAUCAGCCGCACCGACGAGGAUCACCACCUGUACUACAACAGCACGACGGUGACGGAUGCGGCGCUGGCGCACAAGCUGUGGAUGGAGUUGGCCAACCGUAAGGAGGUGCACGUCAACCCUAUGCUGUCGCAGUCACACCGCCGGGCCAGCACGGUGCAGCUGUCCUUCGACUUCCCAUUCUAUGGGCACCCGGUGCGCAAUGUGACAGUGGCGACAGGUGGGUUCGUCUACAUGGGCGACUUCAUCCACUCGUGGCUGGCUGCGACGCAGUACGUCGCUCCGCUCAUGGCCAACUUUGACACCAGCAUCUCCGACCAGUCUUUUGUGAAGUACUUGGAUAAUGGCACGGCGUUCACGGUUCAGUGGGAGAACGUGCACCUGCAGGACCGUGCCGAGGUGGGCGGCUUCUCCUUCCAGCUCACACUGCACCGCUCGGGUGACAUCGUCUUCGUCUACCGCGACGUGCCGCUGCCCGUCGAGGAGAUAGCGGACUACCACCACCCGGUGAAGGUCGGCAUCUCGGACGCCUACAUCAUCGACCGCAAUGUCUUCUUUGUGCGGCGGAAGACCAUCUACGAGUACCACCGGGUGGCGUUCAACCACGAGGACAUCCAGAACGGGACGGUGAUCGUGCUGAGCGCACUGCCCACCUGCCGCUCGGCCCCGGACUGCGUCACCUGUCUGACGGGCGUCCAGAACUUCCAGUGCCAGUGGUGUAAGGGCAUGUGCUCGGACGGCAUGGACAGGCGGCGGCAGGAGUGGCUCCAGCACUCGUGCGACAAGCAGGGCCUGGCGUCCGCGGAGCAGUGCCCGCCCCCGGCGACGCGCGACCAGCACGCACUGCCGACGCUGCAGCCGGUGUCCCGGCCGCACUCCGGCGGGGGAGACGGGGGCGUGGAGGCCGCGGUGCACGCCUCCCAGUCGGAGGCGGCCCACUCGGAGCCGCAGCGCACCGACGCAGGGCUGCACGUGAACGGAUCUCCGAGCAGCUCCUCGGUGAGCGUGUCCGGCGUGGUGGCGAUCCUGAGCGUGGUGACGCUGGUGUGCGCGACGGGUGUGUGGAUCCUGUACGCCUACCGCAACCCGCACACAGCCUCGGGCCAGUUCCUCAUCAGGUAUCGGCCGAGCCAGUGGAGCUGGCGGAGGGGCGAGGCGCGCUACACGGCCGCCACGAUACACAUGUGAGGAUGCGGAGGCACUGCCCGCCACGCGGGGGAGUCGCACCCCCGCACCUGCCCCCGACCUGUCUGGCGAAUCUCACCUCCGACUGCUGUCGCCUCAGUCGACAGUCGUCGUGAAUAUAAAUUGUGGACUGACCUGCCUCGGUCGAUAGCGUGUGCUGCAGCGCGAGCAUGUAUUUGUAGGGAAAGCAGAUUUACCCCGAAGUACUUUGAGCCGAGGCGAGGAAUAACUUAUUUCUGUUGUGUCUCUUAGCAGAAGGCUGUGUACCGUCGCCGCUGUCAGCGACAGACUCGAUGCUCCUCUGGGUUUGCUUACAUUCCCGGCACUCAGUUUUAUCCGACAGUUUUAAUUAUUACUUUUUUAAAAUGCUUGAGCGUUUUGCGGCUUGUGCGCUUCAGUGGACGUGUGAAAUUUAAAUUUUUGUUGUCUGCCAUCAGUAGUGGCAUUUCUGUUACUUUUAUAAUCCAAAUGGGCAAGUGAAAUACUGAUAAGCAUGUAUUUUUUCUGGUUUGUAUAUAAACACUUGUAUAUUUCUUUAUGCAGAAUAAAAUGGAUAGUAAAGUUGUUUUAAAUCUUAUAA